UCGAAACAAGUCACCAGUACGAGAUCUGACAGUGUAUCACGUAACUCGCGUGGCCACUUGCUUCUCUUUUUUCGUUUCCGUUCCAUCGAGUGGCUCCGUUCUCCACGGAUCGGAGCUUCGCGCAUCGCGAUCGACCUACGCGAGGCCGAGAGAAUUUUUUUCCAUUAAAUUUGCCGACGAUUCAAAGAGAUAGCCGAGAUGUACAUGGUAGAGGAGUACGUGAACGCGAGCAAGACUCAGUAUCGUGACGCGCUGGACGUCAUCGAAGAGUUCGAGAAAGAGUUGUCCGAGAUGAAGGGUAAGUGCGUCGACGUUGGAUGCGGGCCGGGAGACGUUACCAAGAGAUUGAUUCUACCCAGACUCUCCUCGGAGGCUGAGCUAGUCGGAGUGGAUAUAUCGAAAUCGAUGAUCGAUCACGCGAAGCAAAGGUACCGCGACGAGGAGCGAUUAUCCUUUCUACAACUGGACAUCGAGGUUCAGGAUCUGCCUAUCGACGCGUUGGGCCAAUACAAUAACGCGUUGUCCUUUUACUGUCUCCACUGGUGUCACAACGUUUGGAGAGCGUUCGACAACAUUUACAAAUUGCUACGGCCAGGAGGAAAAGGCCUGGUCAUGUUUCUCGCUUGGAACGACGGAUUCGAUGCUUACACGAGGGUUCACGAGGACCCUCGGUACAAACCAUACAUGCAGGACGCGGACCGGUUCGUGCCGUUCUUCCACCGGUGCUCGGACUCGCGGGCAGCCCUGAGGAAGAUGCUAGACGGGAUAGGCUUCGAGGUUCUCCACUGUAGCAGAAGAGAAAAGAGCUUCGUUUACGAGAACAUGCAAACACUGAAAAGUCACAUGAUCGCGGUUAAUCCAUUCAUCUCGCGCAUCCCUGACCACCUCAAAGAGGAGUUCGAGGAUGUGGUCGUACGGGAAGUAGCCAGCCGGAAGAUCUUGUUCCCGAACAAGAACGACAACGGGCAACAAGAAUACAGUAUCUUGGACAGAUACCACAUUCUUGUGGCGUACGUAAAGAAGCCUACUGGUGCAUGCUGAGAGAAUCGCUUGGGAACCAGUUUCAACGGAAUUAAACAACAACUCAUAGAUGUACGCUUAAGAACGAAUAAAACAUGCCAUUUGGUAUUAUUAUUAUUA